CUUUCGCUCUAUAUUCUAAUAGUAUGUUGCGAACCUUGCACAGAAUUGCCCAAGCGAAUGUCCAACAAAAGACACGCCAACUCAUUUCAUGUGUAGCAGUCAGAUACUCUUCAGCAAAGGUCCUCACCACCGAGACAAUGCACCCUCUUAUUAAGAACGUUGAGUAUGCUGUCAGAGGUGCUCUUCCUAUUCGUGCUGAGGCAUUGAGUGCAGAGCUCAAGGCUGGUAAAAAGCUGAACUUUGAUAAGGUUGUCUUUUGCAACAUUGGCAAUCCUCAACAAUUGAACCAGAAGCCCAUUACAUUUUUCCGUCAGGUCUCUUCUCUAUGCGAGAACCCUGAGCUAUUGGCACCCGAGAACCGCGAACUCUUGUCCAAGUUGUAUCCUGCCGACGCAAUUGCUCGUGCAGAGGUUCUAUUGAAAAACAUUGGUAGUAUUGGCGCCUACUCUCACUCUAAGGGUAUUCCAUUUAUCCGCGAAAAUGUUGCCAAGUUUAUUGAGAGUCGCGAUGGCUACUCUGCCAAUCCUGAGCACAUCUUCUUGACUCAGGGCGCUUCUUCGGGUGUACAGACCAUGAUCCAGAUUCUGACUCAGAACACCUCAGUUGGCAUCAUGAUUCCCAUUCCUCAGUACCCUCUUUACUCCGCCACCAUCUCCCUCGUUGAUGCCGCACCUAUCCCUUACUAUCUGAACGAAGAAGAGAACUGGGGUUUGAGUACCGAAGACUUGAAAAAGUCAAUUGAGGAAGGACGCAAGGCUGGUAAAGAUGUUCGCGCUCUCGUAAUCAUUAACCCUGGAAACCCUACCGGACAGUGUUUGUCUGAGCAAAAUAUUCGCGAAAUCAUCGACUUUUGUCACAAGGAGCGUUUGCUUUUAUUGGCCGACGAGGUUUACCAGACCAAUAUUUACAUGCCCAAGGAGCGUCCCUUCCACAGUUUCAAAAAGGUGCUCUUGUCUAUGGGCGAGAAGUACAAGGAUCAAGAACUCGUUUCUUUCCACUCUACUUCCAAGGGUAUGAUUGGUGAAUGUGGUCGCCGUGGUGGCUACUUUGAGUGUGUCAACAUUGACGAAGGUGUCUUGGAACAGCUCUACAAAAUCUCUUCCAUCUCCUUGUGCCCCAAUGUUUCCGGUCAGAUCAUGGUUGAUUUGAUGACCAACCCUCCUGUUGAAGGUGAUGCCUCUUAUGCCAAGUACAAGAGUGAGAUCGACGGUAUAUUCCAAUCUCUUCAGCGCAGAGCCAUCAAGUUGGCUAGCUGCUUCAAUUCCCUUGAGGGUAUUACCUGCAAUGCUGCUGAAGGUGCUAUGUACCUUUUCCCUCGCAUCACCAUCCCUCAAAAGGCUGUCGAGGCCGCCAAGGAAGCCAAGAUGGCUCCUGAUGCAUUCUACUCAAUGGCCAUGUUAGAUGCUACUGGUGUGUGUGUUGUUCCCGGCAGUGGUUUCGGACAGGAAGCCGGUACAUGGCACUUUAGAUCCACCUUCCUCCCUGAGGAAAACCUCUUUGAUGGUUUCUGCAGCAAGAUUGAAGACUUCCACAAGGACUUCCUCAACAAAUAUAGAGAUUAG